AUGGGUUGUGUAUUGGGUCGACCCGGAUCACCAGGAUCAGUUUCUGGGUCUAGACAAGAAUUUAGCUCAAGGAUCGAGUCUAAUCGCAAAGAAGCAAACAGUGUUUCCGUGACUAAAACCGAAACCACCGAGAUCGCCGCCGCUAGUGUUCGGGUGGCUGCUGCUUCUGCUUCUAAUGGCGAAGAGAUUAGGAAAGAUGAAGAAGCUAUUGUGAAUCAGAAGGAACCAAAUGGCGUUGCUGUGACGGAGAGGAAACCCAAAGGCGAAAGAAAAAGGUCAAAGCCUGACCCGAGACGGAGCAAUCCGCCGAAGAAUUUGCCCGGUGAGCAAGUUGUCGCCGGAUGGCCACCGUGGCUGUCUGAAGUCUGCGGAGAAGCUCUAAGUGGCUGGCUUCCACGGAAAGCUGAUUCCUUUGAGAAGAUUGAGAAGAUUGGAUCAGGAACAUACAGUAAUGUGUACAAAGCGAAAGAUUCUUUAACAGGAAACAUCGUGGCGUUGAAGAAAGUGAGGCCAGAUGUAAUGGAUCGAGAGAGUAUGAGAUUCAUGGCUAGAGAGAUUCUGAUUUUAAGGAGAUUGGAUCAUCCAAACGUCAUCAAACUCGAAGGUUUGGUCACGUCGAGGAUGUCGAAUAGUCUCUACUUGGUUUUCCGUUACAUGCAUCACGACUUAGCCGGUCUCGCCGCGAGCCCUGUCAUAACAUUCACCGAGCAGCAGGUGAAAUGCUACAUGAAGCAGCUCCUCUCGGGGCUCGAGCAUUGUCACAGCAGAGGCGUGCUUCACCGUGAUAUCAAAGGAUCGAACCUUCUUAUAGACGACGGAGGAGUGCUUAGGAUAGGCGAUUUCGGGCUGGCGACGUUUUACGAUGCGAGUAAGAGGCAGCAGAUGACGAACCGAGUUGUUACUUUGUGGUACAGAGCGCCUGAGCUUCUUCAUGGUGUUGUUGAGUAUGGUGUUGGUGUUGAUUUGUGGAGCGCUGGUUGCAUUUUGGCUGAGUUGUUAGCUGGUAGACCGAUUCUACCAGGUCGUAGCGAGGUGGAGCAAUUACAUAGGAUAAAUAAGUUGUGUGGAUCGUAUUCAGAAGAGUGUUGGAGAAAGAUUAAGCUUCCUUCUACGCAUAAGCAGGCUUAUGCAAAGAUACCACAGUAUAAGAGAAGAGUGAGAGAGGUUUACAAAGAUUUCUCUCCAGAGGCACUUUCUCUACUCGAUACGCUUCUUGCGCUCGAUCCUGCUGAGCGCAAGACUGCCACCGAUGCGCUGAGGAGUGAUUUCUUCACGACGGAACCACUUCCAUGUGAACCUUCUGAUCUCCCGAAAUAUCCUCCGACGAAAGAGAUUGAUGCCAAGAGACGAGACGAAGAGUAUCGGAGACAAAGAGAAGCCCGUAAGGCCCAAGGAGAGAGCGGAAGAAGAAUGAGACCACGAGAGCGAGGCCCAAGAGCAAUGCCGGCUCCUGAAGCUAACGCCGAGAUUCAAUCUAACAUUGACAGGAUGCGUUUGAUCACGCAUGCGAAUGCGAAGAGCAAGAGCGAGAAGUUUCCUCCACCGCAUCAAGACGGAUCGCUUGGUUUUCCGGUGGGAUCUUCACGGCGGUUUGAUCCAGCAGAGAUACCGUUUAGCUCAAACUCGUUCACUUCGUCUUACUCGAAAGAGCCAUUUCAGACUUGGUCAGGCCCUUUGGCUCCCACUGGAGCGUCUGACUCAACAGCUCGGAGGAGGAACGAUAUUAACAAGGAGAGAAGAAUUGCUGCUAAGGUUAAAGGGAAAAGAAUCGUUGUUUGA